GAAGACGUUUUUGUUGUGGAACCAUCUAGAAAAGUCACCAUGGCCAGCACUGGCAACUGCCUCGUCUUUUUGAUCGUCGUCUCGUUUGUCCGAGGCAGCCCUCCACCAUACUGGACCAGUCCACCAACAUGCUACUCCAAAGUGCUGGACAUGGGCAGGGACGUCAGUGCCCGUGUAGCGGACUUGAAGGCUGACCCUGAAACUAGUCGUUGUGCUGACCACAUGCCAUACCUGUACAUUGACGUGCAUAAUGCCUGCAUCAUGGAGACGAUGCGCAACUUCAUGACCAUGAUCGAGCGCAUGCGACAGAGGCGCUGUGGGUACACACGCAAAGCCCAGGAGCUGCGCAUGAAGUUACGCCAGCUUCACAUGAUCAUCUCCCAGAGGUGUCAUGGGGACCUGGUGUUCACAAUUGAUGACUGUGCUGCAUUGGAGAGAGGAACAAGAACUUCCUAAAAUGGUGACUUUUGAGAUCCAAAUUUUUCUGUUGUUAGCCUACUCUGUUUUCAGCAAAGGUUUCCUAUCACAUAGGUUUCACAGGAAUAAUAUAAACAAUUUUACAAUUAAAAUUCAAAUAUUACUCAUGUGAUUCUGAGCAAUAUUUUCAGCAACUUGAAAUUUACCACUGUAAUGCAAAAAUGUUACAUGUAAUAUGGUAUGUGUGGGCGAGACAACUAUGAGAUCAGCAAUCAGCUACCACUAGGUGGCAAUGUUAAACAAGGUGGAAUAAAGGAUUGUAUGGGAGGUCAACAUAUCACUGUAAUUCAGUAUGUCUGUCCCUGUGCUUAAAAGAGGGUAUCUCGCCUUUCUUAGCAAGAGCUUGAUUAAAUCAUCAGUGAUUAAUAUAAUUGAUUUAUUCAUUUAAGUUAUCUAUACAUUUUAUUGAUAACUUAAAUGAAUAAAUCAAUUAUAUUCAUCACUGGAAUACUGUAUAUGCACAGCAUUAAUUUGUAUUCUUUAACUACAUGCAUUCUGCCUUUCACUGUAAAUAAAGAUUGGUCAAGUA